AUGAGCGACAACCGUGACAACCUAACAGUUAAAACUGUCAUAAAACUUUUUAUUACGCGAGUUUGUACUCAAAUGAACCUUAAUGAAGGUACUCAAAUGAACCUUAAUGAAGUUAACCUUAAUGAAGGUGCUCAAAUGAAUUUUAAUGAAAAUGUUAAUGAAGAUAUCAUCGAGCAGAUUUCAAAUGUUCUCUCCCCCGAAGAACGUACCUUCUUUGGAAACUUAACCGAUGAUCUGAAUUCUCACAGGAAACUAGAUAAUUACAGUAUACAAAAUGCCAUCCUUGACGGAGGCGAAUUUUCUACCAACCUUACUACAAAAAUAAAAGAAUACAUCGCUAAAAAAAGAACUUAUGACCCAACGAAUGUAUACAUCAUGGGUGGCAGUUUCACAUAA